CAACGAAGUAAACUUCAAAAAAAAUAAAAUUAAUUGUUCUGUUGGAAGUAAAAUGGUUACAAAUUGCUUACAGAACCAUAAAAAUAUUGACAAAAUUAAUACUUUCACUUCGUCAACAAAAGGGGCCCCUCCGGUCCCAUUAGGUUGGCGUACUGGAGGGUGCCAACCUUGGCUGUUCGUCGUCGUGUUUUCUUCCUUAAUCAAUUGUGUAUUAGCGAUCGAAAACAUCCAAAUAUUUGGAGGUGCAAUUGGAGGUGCAAUUUUUUCUUGUGUUGUCUUCUACAUUUCUCUCUGCCUUUACAACAAAUAUUAUGACAAAUUAUUUACAAAUGAUGACAACAAGAAAGAAGCCAAAAUGGAAGAAGGAAAACAAGUACAAAAGAUAUUAACAAAACAAGAGGACACGACGGAGGAAGAAGAACCCUCCACUAUUGAAAUUGAUGUUACUCAAGCAUCGGAGAUUGAUAACGGAGUUGACAAGCAAGAAAUUAUUGAAAAGAAGGAUGUUUUGGUUAAAAAUUUUGAUAAAAAUGUUCUUUUAAAACGCUCCAAAUCAGUUACAAAUUUGUCUAUUGCUGGUGGUUCAUUAAAGCGUUGUUGUUCAUGUCGGGAAAUUAAUAUGGAAAUGGUAUAA